AGUAUUACAAGUUUAGAUGUGACUUCUGUUGCUGGGAAAUGAGCAUCAAGCCGUGUUGAGACAGCACUGAAGACUUUAUAUGCAAAAGCCACACCUCAGACUUUUCUCUUCAAAGCAGCAUCAGGUGCAAAUCUAACUCAUAUUUAGGUCGAGGAGGAAACAGCUGAAUGAUGAGUGCUGCUCAGAGUCAAACAACACUGGAGUCCAAACUGGAGGCCCUGCAGUGCCACUUCACCUGGGAUCUGGACCCCAGCAAGUCCAUGCUGUUACGUCGCGAGGAAAAGUUCGAAGACAUCGGCACCGAGGAGGGGAACAGCUGGCUGGGUCACAUUUACAACCUGCGGGGGUUCGUUCAGUACAAGCUGGGGUUCACCGAAGACGCCCAGAGUUUCUUCAACAAGGCUGCAGAGGCCUUCAGCAAGAUAAGAAACGCAGAUGAGGGUCCCUGGUUGGUGGUGAACUACGGGAACCUGGCGUGGCUGCACCACCACCUGGGAGACCAAGCAGAGAGUCAGGCUUACCUGUCAAAGGUCAACGCCCUGAUGAAUAAAUACCCAUCUCCAUCCCAGGACCAGCUCCAUCCAGAGAUCUACGCUGAGAAAGGCUGGACCCUGAUGAAGUUCAGCAGAGAGCAAAAGAAAGAGGCUGCAGAUUACUUCCAGAGAGCCAUCAGGAUGCAGCCGGACAUGGUGGAGUGGAACAGCUGCUACGUCUUUGGGUUAGUGUAUACUUGUGAUCACAGCGACACAGGGCAGGUGGCUGACCUUCUGGAGAAAAUGAGAAUCGCCAAGGAACAGGAUCCAGAGAACAUGUUCCUCGCUGUUCUCUACCUUGAGCAAUGUGCAAAGAAAGGAGAGAUAAUCAAAGAAGAAGCACGUGAGUUAGCCAGGAAGGUUUUGAGAAAUCCUGUCAGCAGCUACAGUGGUAUUAUACAAUUACUAUAUGUUUACAGAUACCAUGUUUCUAUUGAUGAGGCCAUUGAUUUGGCAGAGGAGGCUCUGAGAACCCAUCCAGAUGAGCGUUAUCUGAAGAGAUGUGCUGCACUCUGCUACAAAUGGAAGAUCAUGUAUGUCAGGGACAGUCGCCCAAAUCCAAGCGUGAUAGACAGAGCAAUCAGUCUCCAUAAAGAGGUGAUUGCUCUCUACCCUCAUUCUUCACUUGCAAAGAAAAUAGAACUCGCAAGUAUAUACGCAAAGUUAAAUUACAGACAGGUUGAAGCUGAGCAGAUGUACCAGGAACUGCUAGAAAGUGAUCUGGAACCUGCAGACAAACAGAUGAUUUACAACAUCUAUGCAAAACAUUUAUUCUACGACCGACAGUACGACAGAUCAACACGAAAUCACAUGAAUGCAGCAGCGAUAACGCAUCAAUCCUUCUAUCGUGAGAACAGCAUCACAACUCUGAAGAAGAACAGAGGCAGGAGCCACAUGUGGAGAGAAGUAGAGGUCUUCCUGGCAAACCUGCAAGAGCCAUAGUGUUUUUAACAGCACUGGUUCUAAAUCCAGAAAUGUAUUACACAUCAGGAAACCCUGUUUUCUUCUGUUGUUUGUCUGGGCAGCAACACUCCUUCAAAGGCGUCACAGGAUUACUUUGCUUCCAUUGGCUCUUAAGAGACAACAAUGUUAAUAUGGAGGAUAGUUUUACUCAGAAUUUAAAUUAAAAAGGGAAAAAGGCACUGACACAAUACUCAAAACAUGUUUCAACUCAUUGUUGGUUUUUGUCUUUUCUUGUUAUUGCAAAGAUGAGAUGUAUCCUUAAAAGGCAGGUUUUUACACUUUGCCCGAGCCAACUUUUCAUGUUUGUUUCAAACAAAGUGUGUUGAUUGGCUAUUGACUAUGUUAUGUGGUCAUCUGUUAAGUAACAACUAAUAGACUAUUAGGUUGCCUCCAUAGACAUUUAUAAUAAUAAUGGACAAAUAGUCCGGGCCUGAAGAUUGAAGCCAAUGCGGAGAUGCCUUAAAGCAUGGAAGACAAAGGCUGUUUAAAAUUAAAAAAAUUGUACAUUUUUCCUGAUAAACGUCAGCAGUAAAAUUAAUAUUGAGCAGAAUUGAGUUUAGGAUAGUGGUCCGGCCCUCCACAACAGUCCCUGUUUCUCAUGUGGCCCCUUGGGAAAAUGAAUUGCCCACCCCCGCUAGAUAUAUGACAAGCUGAAUCAUUUAAUAACACGGGUCCUUUAAAUAUCAUCCACUGUGGACAUGUCAUUACAUGAUUAAUUCAACGAUUUUGAUCAGAUGGUUUUCUUUACCGCAGUGUAACAUAAUAACAUAAUACUCUCUUGUUAAAAUUGGCUUUGCUUUAAGAAAAAUAAAUGGUUGGUAAAAUGUCA